UUACUAUACAACUAUGGAUAAAGAGCCAAAAAUACGAAAAGUUAAAUAUACUAGAUCUAAAAGGGCAUGUACUACAUGUCGUCAAAUAAAGCUAAAAUGUGAUGCGAUUGAUAAAUUUCCCAAGAAAUGUACUAGAUGUGAAAGACUAGGUAGUAUAUGUGAAAUUGAUACUAAUUUUAAAAGAGAGCCAGUAAGGAGGAAUUCAAAUUCUCAUACCAAAGUAGAUACUGUCAGUCGUGAAGAUCUGAUUGGCUCAAGUCUAGAAAGUAAUUUGUCAACUUUGCUUACUCCAAAUUCUACUAGAACCGUGGAUGUCUUUCCAUAUAUAGAUGAUGUUGGUGAUGAACUAGUAGAUUCUUUAAUUCCAAAAGAUAAAAUCAUACUCAUGUUCAAAACAUUCUAUCAAGUAAAUUAUUGUCAUUUACCAAUACUAUCUAAACAGUUAUUAGAUCCUCGAUACCUAUGGAUGAAAAAUUAUAAGCUAUUGUUUUUUGCUAUUUGUAACUCAACAUCUGUACUUUGUUGUCCAGAAUUAGAACUUGUAUUACAGGAUAAAAUAAAAGAAUUGGCAUAUCAGAAUGAUUCCACUUAUAUGGUGGAUCCAUUACACUCUUUGAGUGUUGUAUUUGCUUCUUUGAUAUUAUGUUAUUGGCCAUUAAGAAGUAGUAGUAUCCAAAAUGAUGAAUCAAUUGUUCAUGUUGGUAGAGCAGUUGAUAUAGGAAUGAAGAUUGGUCUUCAUAGAUUUGCCUAUACUCGAGAGUAUUGUAUUACUUUAGAUGAUGCACUUAAAGAACAAAUUCAAACAGCAACUGUUGCAUGGGCUGGAUGCUUUAUAACCAAGACAGUUUUAUGUUCUAUUUUUGGAAUGCCAAGUUCGUUACCAUUGAACUAUAAUAUAUUUACUACAUUCAAGAAUCUACCUCAGAAUAAUUAUAUUGAAGAUUUUGGAAAACAAUUGAAACUAGCUCAGUUUAUUCAAACUUCAAUGAAUAGCUUGGGAAAUAAUUCCGAAACAGAGUUUGGAAUGGUUGACCCAGCAAUAAGAGGAAUUCAACAUAAAGCGAUAACAGAAAAUUUAUCUAUCAUUAUAGCCGAACUUACUCCUUGUAGUAAAGUCACAGAACUGUUGAGUUUAUUAGCAAAACUUCUUGUUCAUUCAUUUCUUUUAGUACCUGAUACGUUACCUGAAGAUCAAGAUUCAGCUGCUAUGUCAUUAUAUUUGGUUUGUGUAAAAUUAAUAGAGAUUUUACUAGAACUUGUAAAGGAAAAUACGAAUUUUCCUACAUUUAUUUUGUCAUAUUCGGCAAUGGCUGCUACUAUUUUAUAUGGCUUAUCGAUUUCUAAACGUUAUCGUGAACUUAUAAAUAAAUCUAUUGCUAGAAACUCAUUAUCUGACUUUUAUGAACUUAUGCAGAAACUUCAAAGGUAUCCAAAUGAUUAUCCUACUAGAAUAGUUAGAGUGAUGGAUGGUUUAAAAAGUUUGGAUGGUAAGAAGCUUAUAAGAGAGCCCAUAUUUACUGUAAGAACAAGAAUGGGUGCUAGUGCUUUUUGGAGUUUAUUAUUACCUUUUAAGCGAGCUCAAAUUGAAGAACAGCAAAAGAAUAAAGAUUCUACAGUAGAACCAUUAGAACAAGCCGAUGUUUUAGAUGCAUUUAUGAACGAUAUGUUCAAUCAACUUUGGGACGGAGAUUUGAGUAAUCAGAUUGAGAACAGUUUUUUUCAUUAGUCUUUAAUAUAUAACUAUA